CGCAAAUUAAAAACCGCUGUGCAUGACAACAGCAUAUUCAAAAAGAAAAUGGCCGCUCGCUGGAAGCUUGUGUGUAACAUCGGCGGGCUCACUCUAGGAACUUUAUGCACGGUGCAAGCUUUUCGAAAGAUACAAAGCAGUAGGUUUACAACUUUCGCAUCUGAAAAAUGUAGCUAUGAGCUUGUUCAUGCACAAAUUGCCUUCAGGCAUGGCGCGAGAACUCCGGUUUACAGGCUUCCAGAGAUGGUCGGACGGGGGAAAGGAAUUGAUGACGUUACUUGGGACAAGGAUGUGAUUAUGGGCGAUCUGCCGCAAACAAUGAUCGAGUUCCGGGUCCGAAAUAUAGACGGCGGAAAUCAGCCGGAGUAUUCACCUAAUAUCAAAAAAGUAAAAAAGUUAAAGGGGGGAUGUAUAUGUGGAGAGCUCACAAAGGUUGGACAACAACAGACUUUUGACCUUGGGAGAACACUUCAGAAGCGUUACGUUGACGACAUCAAGUUACUCAGCCCUGUCUUUACACCACAUGAGGUCUACAUACGUUCUACUAACGUACCACGCACUAUUAAGUCCGCAAAGUGUGUUGUCGCAGGCCUAUAUGGAAAGGAAAAUAUCCAGAGAGUGCUGCAUAUUAUAACCAGAGAUGAACGUGAGGACACAAUCUUGCCAAACAUGUCCUUCUGCCCAUUGCUCACUAGAUGGCUUCGUAAAAUUCAGGCAUCAUCAAUACAGAAGAUCAAUCUAGAAGGAUAUGCUAAAGACCACAGCACCAUUAGGAAUGAUCUUGGUAUUACAGCAAAGAACUUCUUUUUUGUGUGCUUCAGAGAUGUAAUGUCUGCAAGAGAGGCACAUGGUCUAUUUGUGGACCCCAUUCUGCAUGAGUACUGGGACAUGAUUGAUCAACAUGCUACUGAAGAGCUUGUUGUAGUACAGUGUGGGAAUCUUGGGAAACGUUUUGCAAGACAAGACAUCAUUAAGGCUAGUGUUGGCAAAUUCCUGGAUGAAAUCGUUACUAGGAUGAAUGACAAGAUAAAUGGCAUCAGUCCUGCUCAACACAAAAUGUGUCUUUAUUCUGUUCACGACACAUCCAUAUCUUGUCUUCUGACUGCACUGGGAGUUUUUGAUAACAAGUGGCCAGACUUUGCUUCUGAAGUGGCAUUUGAGCUCUACCGAAAUCAGGAUAACAAGUAUUUUGUCAAAGUUCUCUACCAAGGAAAGGCACAGCAUCUUCCAGGAAACAACACAGACUUAUGUCCUUUUGAAAAGUUCAAAGCCCUUCUCGCUCCACAAAUGACAAAUGACUGGCAAUCGCAGUGCAUUUAUGAAGAUAAAGAUAGUGAAACCAUUAUCAAAAUCGGUGGAGAUGUUUGAUAUUCUAACUAAAUGAAAAUUGGUGGAGAUCUUUGAUAAUCUAACUGAAUGGAAAUUGGUGGAGAUGUUUGAUAAUCUAACUGAAUGAAAAUUGGUGGAGAUCUUUGAUAAUCUAACUGAAUGAAAAGUGGUGGAGAUCUUUGAUAAUCUAACUGAAUGGAAAUUGCUGGAAAGCUUUGAUAACCUUAGUGAAUGAAAGUUGGUGGAGAUCUUUGAUAAUUUUACUGAAUUAAAAUUGAUGGAGGUCUUUGAUACUCUUACUAAAUUAAAAUUGAUCGAGGUCUUUGAUACUCUUACUGAAUUAAAAUUGGUGGAGACCUUUGAUAAUCUAACUAAAUGAAAAUUGGUACUGAGAUCUUUGAUAAUCUUACUGAUUUAAAAUUUAUGGAGGUCUUUGGUAAUCUUACUGAAUUAAAAUUGGUGGAGACUUUGAUCAUCUAACUGAAUUAACAUUGGUGGUGAUCUUUGAUAAUCUUACUGAAUGAAAGUUGGUGGAGAUCUUUGAUAAUCUUACUGAAUGAAAGUUGGUGGAGAUCUUUGAUAAUCUUACUGAAUGAAAGUUGCUGGAGAUCUUUGAUAAUCUCACUUAAUGAAAAUUGGUAAUGUUUGAUAAUCUAAUUGAAUGAAAACAUUGGUGGAGUUAUUUGAUGAUUAGGAGUACAUUAGGAGUAUAAUGGAAAUAUAUCUAUUUUAGGAAAGAAAUUGUAUGAAUUGGUAAUCUGUUAAUAUUUGAUGUAUUUUUUUUUGGAAAGCUAUAGAUGUAUUAAUAAUUUCUUAGUUUUUUUUUUUUUCUUUAGUGUGUCAUGGAGUUGUCUGUUUGUUUUGUAUUUUCUGUUAGUGUAGAGAAGAUCUUUUUGUAAAUAAUCAGACGAUUCUUAACAUUAUCCGAAUGUUUAAAAUAUUGUCCAAUUUCUAAUAUAUGAUGCUUUUUUCAAUAUUGUAUAUGAAAUUGUGCUGUUUUAAAUAGUUUUCUACUAUAACGUGGUCUUCGCAUUUGGUGGCGUUAAAAGUUAAAGAUUAUUCUUAUACAACUAUGUGGAUUUUACUAUGAUAAACAAACAACAAAUAGA